AUGGCUGCUUAUAAUCCCCAAGGACAGGUGGACGUUUCUCUACUAGACGGGGACAUCCCGGUGUUGUCCUAUAAUACGUCCAAUUUGUUGUCGAGGGCAAGCACGGUUGCUUCCACGGUCACCACCAGAACCUUACCUCCCAUUCAAAAUAAGAAAAACUACGAAAAUGGGACUUAUAUCGAUUGGGCCAAAGAGUCCCAGCCAAAGUAUUGGCCCUCGCUUACGUCGUUGAAAUGGUUUACCCUUGUGGCGUCUUCUUUAUUGGUGGGGUACAUUACCACUCUUAUUGAUUUGGUUUCGGUUUGGUUAAAUGAUUUGAGAAAAGGUUUGUGCUUUAGUAAAAGAGAUAAAUGGUCUUUACUUAAUCCUUAUUCUACUUGUCCUAAGGAUGAAUGGAGUGAUUGGUCGGAGAUUUUCUUCAAUUUUGAUAAUAAAUGGACUUCUGCACUCGUUGAUUUCCCAAUUUAUGCAUUUUUAAGUAUUAUUUGGUGUCUUAUUGCUGUUUAUAUAACAGUUAGUAAAGAACCAAGAAUCAGACAAUCGGGGAUUCCAGAAGUUAAGGCCAUCAUCUCGGGGUUGAAUUAUGACUUGCCAAACUACUUGGGUAAAAAAACCUUAUUCUAUAAAGUUAUUGGUUUAUGCUUUGUGGUGAGCUCUGGUUUAUGGUUAGGUAAAGAGGGUCCUUUGGUUCAUGUUUCUUGCUGUUUAUUGAAUAUCGUUUAUAGCUUGGUCUAUAGAUUAGAUGAUCCUAGAAGAAAACACGAAGGUUUAAGACGAGAACUAUUAAGUGCUGCAGUGGCCACGGGGAUAUCAGUAGCAUUUAAUUCUCCCAUUGGUGGUGUCCUUUUCGUCUUGGAAGCUUUACCCAGCUAUUUCUUCCCAACAAAAAUAAUGUGGAACUCUUUCGUUAGUGCCACUAUUGCAUCAGUCAUCUUAACCGGUUUCAAAAUCUUUACCGAAGGUGAAAACUUCAACGAAGGGGAUUUAUUUCAGGUCAAUUUCGGAAAUUUUAGUUGGUUAUUCAUGGAGAUCAUCCCGUUCCUACUUUUGGGGAUCUUGGGUGGUUAUUUUGGCUUUUUCUAUACUAUGUUCUACAAGAAGGUCUCUUCGGUCAAAUUCAAAUCAGCUCUUCAUAAAAAAUUAUGUUCAAUAUUUCACUUAGCUGAAGGUUAUGGUCCUUUUAUUGAAAUUGUAUUAUUAGUUUUAAUUAAUACCCUUCUGAGUUUCCCUGUUUCAAUGAAAAAACUACCCUUGGCUGCUUAUCUCAAAAUGCUAUUCACCGAUUGUCCUCCAGAGGAUUCAAAUCUUGAUUCAAACUCGGCCACUUUUAUGUGUAAAUCAUCAACCCCCAUCACCCUCUUGAAAUUAUUAUAUAUUAUGGUACAAGGCUUUUUGGUAUCAGCUUAUUCUUUUGGUCUUCCAAUCCCUGGUGGGGUCUUAAUGCCUUCGUUAGUAAUUGGUGCUACCGUUGGUCGAUUGCUUGGUAUCUUAUCUCAGAUAUUUCAAAACUUAUUCGACUUUGAUUAUUUAUCUACCUGCACUGAAAAAUCAUGUCUUGUUUCUCCGUCUUCCUAUGCAGUAGUUGGUGCUGCUGCGUUUAUGUCUGGUUUAACGAAAUUAACCAUGUGUGUUGUCGUGAUUAUUUUCGAAAUAACCGGUGCAGUUACUUAUGUCCUUCCUAUUAUGUGUUCCGUCAUGGUACUGAAAUUCGUAAAUGAUUGGUUGUGUAAUGAAAAUAUUUAUGAUUCUUGGUUAAUUUCUAAUCUUAAUACAAAAGAUUCAAACGAUCAUAUCAACCCAAGAAACGUUGGUUUGAAUGAUGGUAAAGGUAAUGGUUUAUGUGAUUUCACUAAUUUGAUUCCAAGUGUUAAAUUGAAAUUACCUGAUAUCCCAGUGAAAGAAGCUAUGGUUCCAGCAUCUAGUAUCCAAUGUAUUGAAUUAUUCCCUGAUGAUGGCCCCAAAACGAUUGAAAACUAUCAAAAAUUCAUCAGUAGCAAUAAUCACGAAGGUUACCCCUUGAUUGUAAGUUAUUCCAACCCUAUCAGUUUGGGUUAUGUAUCUAGACUGGAAUUACUUGACAAAAUUACAAAAGUAAAAGAUUCCAGUAAAAUUGUUAGUUUUCAACUAGCUGAUUUAUCAAACAAUCUUUGCUCACAACAAGCUCAAUUUGAAUUAGAAAUUCCCGAUGAGUCUUUAGUAAGAGUUGAUCUUCAAACAGAAGUCUCUUAUUUACUUGUAAACGAUGACAUGCCAUUACUUUUGGUACUUGAAAUGUUUGAAAAAUUAAGUUUAAAUUAUCUUAUAAUUAUGAAUGGUGAUGCAUCUUACAAGGAUUACAUGUGUGGAUUCGUUGAUAGAUUUAUCUUAUCAAGAUUAAUCGAUUCGAAAUUCGAAUCUUUAACUGAUUACAAUUUAUACGAGCAAGAAGUUAGAGAAUUCGAUUUGGAAAGUGCUUUGGAAGAUGACCGGUUGGUCCAUAGGCGAAGAGACCGUGUUAGCAUAGAAUUAUUAACGUAAAUGUAAUAUACUGAAUGAC